UAUACUAUACAUAUGCAUUUGUUUCAACGCAGGUUUCGAUGGAUCCGAGGAAACCAAAGGUGAUUAAUGGAGUCCCCUUUGCUGAACAAGAGUGAGCACAAUGUCGACGUUACAACCAGUGCCAGUUCUUCAUCAAAUGAUGAGCACGUCGUCGACAUGACAAACGAUGAAGAAAGUUCUUUACCAACUGAUGACCAAACACCGUUUGAGGCUGUGGGCGUUCCAUCGCGUGAUCCAUUCACAGAAGAAAAUGUUAUGAAUUUGGUUGAGUUUGUACUGACGUUUGUCCAGAUCGUUGCAGCCAUUGUAGGUGUGACUCGGGCUGAUGAUAAACAUAAAGAAGAUUCAUUGUUUAUAUGGAUCAAUGUUUAUACUGGUGCUUGUAUCGUCACUCUCCUUAUUCUAUGCGGCCAACUUUGGAAUUAUAACGUUAGCUUAGACUCAAGGAGUCCAAUGGCCCGUGUAAAGAAGCUGCUUGAACAAUUAUUCGUCUGCUUGUUUGUGGCUUUUUUAUGGAUUUCUUUUGUCAACUCAUCACCUGUUGAUCAUACGUCUCCCCUCUUCUGGCUAUGUGUGGCUUUCAUUGCUUUCAGUUGCAUACGAUACGUUCUUCCCAACUUAAAAUGUACAACCUUCUGUUUAGCUUUUGUUUGUUUAUCGUGGGUGACUGCAUUCCAGGAAGGCGUGAGCCCCAACAUGGUGCUUAUCGGUGGAAUCGUUAUGUGCAUUUUGGGAAUCAUAAGCACCAAAUAUUCAUUAAUGGAGAGCCCUUUGUUGAGCAACGAUGAGCACAUCGUCGACAUGACACCCGAUGAUUAUUCUUCAUUAAUCUAUACGCUAGUAUCAUAUCCGGUUGCAAUUGCUUCGAACUUGAUUGAGCUUAUUAUGACCUUGGUCCAGAUUGUUGCAGCCAUAGCAGUUGUUAAAGGAACCAAAGGUGAAUAUCCAGAAGCAACAUGGAUCCUCGUCUAUACUUAUGGUUGUAUUGCCAGUCUCCCUAUUCUAUGCUGGCGUUUCUGGCAGAUCCUUCAUCCUAUCUCACACCUAAGAAUCAAUCGAGUGAUGUUUGGUUUGAGGACGAUGUUUGGAUGUUUCUUUGCGGGCUGGAUCAUGGUGUUCUUCUGGGUCUUUGUUUGCAGCUCAUCGUCUCUAGAUCAUACUAGUCAACUCUUCUGGUUAUGUGUGGUUUUCCUAGCUUUUGGUUGCAUUCGAUACGUGCUUCCUAAUGUAAUAUGUGCAGCGACGUGUUGCUGUAUGUUUACGACGUUAUGUUUUACAGCCGUUUUAGGCGUGAGGACUGAAGAGGAGGAGUCAUCGACGUGAAGAUCUUACUCGCUGAUCUCGUUGUUGCGCGGGGAUGAUGAAAAGAGUUGGAUCACAUGUUUUCUUGGUCAACAGUUGUUGUAUUACUAUAUCUCUGUAUUUGCAAAUGUCACUACUGAAUUCGUACUUUUUUUUUGUGAACCAAAAGGAGAAAACAAUAAAAAAGAAGAUAAUAAAUAUG